CAUAUAUGCAUAUGUAGCAGCCUAUUACCUAGCUCGCACAUGAUUUUGAUAUCAAACUGAGAUGUGAAAGGGAGAAAACCAUGAUAACCUUCCCUGUUACUUUGUAAAAGUUUGUUGCUUCGAACGACAGAGAACCAGAGAUCUAGAGUAGAGUGUGUGUGCUUUCAAUCGGUAGUUCUUUGUUUAGCUGCACGCAGAUCUGUACUUGGCUCCAGCCAUGGAUCCCGUAGAUGCCAUGUGCGUAUGCGUGUCGUGCGGCCGACGACCUCGCGGGGGAAGAUUCCUGAAGUGCCUGCAUAUCGCCUGUGGUGCGUGCAUGGACGAACACACCGACAGCGAAGGAGCGCGAUUGUGUCCUCGCUGCACCAGCACGACGGAGAGUCAGCCUAGCGGGCGGCUACCCAGGGUGCCAGAAGGCUUGGUGGAGUACUGCGAACAGCACGUAGGCCACAGCCAACAAGAACAAGGGAAUGCCACGCCUGCCCAUGAUGACAAGGGCGGCGAAGAGACUGAACGCGAACGGCAGGCCAAGUCGCUGUGCGACGAGUGCGUGGAUGAGUCGAAGGCCGGCCACCGCUGUGCUGAUUGCUCAUUCCUACUCUGCGACGACCAUGCAAGCGGACAUGGAAGGAAGCGAGCCUACGCCGGACAUCAGGUCGAACCAUGGCAGGCUGCAGACGAUAUCUCUGUGGCGAAAGGGCAGCCGCCGAAAAUGAAGAACAAGGUUGCAACGAUGUGCAUGCUGCACCCGCAGAGAGCUGUCGAAAAAUUCUGCAUGACGUGCGACCAGCCAUUUUGCAAGCGCUGCCUGGAAGCUACUGUCGGUUCCUGUUGCUGUGAUGGGAGUUGUGUUCAAGAUGCUCUGCAUUCUGCUGGAGAAUGCCUUGCUAAUCUGAGGGGAAAGUUUGGCAUGCCUGCUACUGACGAUAGUCACCAUACUGCUUACUCCUCUGAUGAUGACAACGCUAGUGAGGGAGAUCGCACCGACGACGUUAACAUCGCUGGAGACAGCAAUGAAGACGACAAUGACAGAAUCGCCCAGGAGGAAGUGUCAGAACCAGAACAUGGUUCUCUUCACUUGGGAAAUCUAAGUAUGGAGCCCGCACCUGCAAGUCUACGACCCCAGCUGUUAGCACCCGAACCAUAUGUACCGGAAGACAAUGUGGCUUGGAAUGUCCAUUUUGGGAAUUAUCAAGACCAGCUUGAGAAUACACUUGACACCGUUACCGAGGUCCACCAAACCUUGUCAGAAGAGAUCACAUCUGCGUUUGCAGAGGUACGGAAAUCCAUCGACGAGCAAGAGGCGACACUGCGGGCAAGACUGGACAAAGUUAUUUGGCGCAUCAUGAAGCCCAUUGAGGAGCAGAAGGAAACAGCUCGGCACACCUUGCUGGCAAUGGAAAGGGCGACUCGCCUCUUCCAAUUCUUCUCAGAGACAGGAACGGACAAGUUGCCUCUUUUGCUCCUUUCUAAGUGGUUGAAGGAUCUACACACCCGACAGGAGAAGGAGUCUGGACAAAAGCCCUGCAUCACUCCCAAGGUUACAUUCGUACCCAGAAUGCUAUCUACAUACUUCAACUGCGCUAUUAUUGAGCAGACAACAGUGGCAUCACCAUCUUCGUUCCAAGUUGAAAUACUCCCACCGACCAAUAGAGAAUGCCCAGUCUGGGUAGGAGUUUUCGCCCGCAAUGCCGACAAGACACCGCUCCUGUGCACUCAUCUCUCGCCUGACGAUGAGUGGUGUGUUUCCAUUUCUUCUGGAACUGGUACAAGUGACCAUUGGAGAUUCAGCCAGCUUUCUUUGUCAUCUCUUACAAGUACCGCUGCCCAGCAGAAAAUGCAACAGCUGCUGGCACCAGAGCUCCAGGCAGCACAGCUUGGAACUUCAAAGUCCCCAGGAGGUUCAUCCGGCCUAUUUUUCAGCCUAUCUACUUUCUCACCUUCUGCAAGUGCCGCUCUCCAACAGACACCGCAACAGCCCCAGGUACCAAAGCUUGGAACUUCAAAGUCCUCAGGAGGUUUAUCCAGCCAGUUUUCUUUGUCAUCUCCUGCAGGUGCCACUGCUAAAAAGACACCGCAACAGCCCCAGGUACCAAAGCUUGGAACUUCAAAGUCCCCAGGUUCAUCCGGCGUAUUUUCCGGCCUAUCUUCUUUCUCACCUUCUGCAAGUGCCGCUCUCCAACAGACACCGCAACAGCCCCAGGUACCAAAGCUUGGAACUUCAAGGUCCUUAGGUUUAUCUCUCGGCGGUGCUUCUGCAACCGUCCAGCAAACCUCAUCUAGCGCCCGUUUGGAGAAUCCUUCCAACCUAUCCUUGCAGCACAUCCAAUGUAGGCCAAGCAACGAUGUCCGGAAGGCAGACUUGCCAGCGCCAACAUUUGAUGCUGUGUUCUACAUCCCAAAGAGGUAUUUCUGUCAGCCAAUAGAAAUCCAAGUCUGCUUGAAUGGUAAGGCAAUUGGCAAUGGGCAGACGCAUACGAUGAAUAUUGCCUAUAGCAUUGCGAGUCAAGGUAUUCCCUAGUAUUCUGAGGCUAUCCGUUCGCCGAAAUGGUUUUCUAGCACACGGUCAUCUAAAGGAGUAUUGUCCGGACAGAAUAAUGUUCUAAUCAUUUCACAACUAGCGUCUCUAGAUACUGAAAUCAUUCAGGGCAAUGAUUUCUUCCCCUCAGAGCCCAAGGAGACGUUCAGUUCGAAAUUGAUAGUUUUUUUUAAUACCCAAUUACAUAGUUUUUGAACUAUAAAUUUUCAAUAAGAUCAUUUUUAGUCAUACUUUUCCUGAUACAUUUUGCCGCACUGUAAAGCCAUCAUUAGAUCUAGAAGGAGAGAGAGAGAGAGAGAGAGAGAGAGAGAGAGAGAGAGAGAGAGAGAGAGAGAGAGAGAGAGAGAGAGAGAGAGAGAGUCGAACAAUAAUUAUAGAGCACUCAAUUUGUCUUCUUCCCCACUUCAGGCCAGAGCAGUUUUAUGUGUGUAUGUGUGCAUGGGUGUAUGUGUAUAUAUGUGUGUGAGGGUGUGUUUGUAUAUGUGUGUCAGGUGUAUGAGAGAGAGAGAGAGAGAGAGAGAGAGAGAGAGAGAGAGAAAGAGAGUAGGUAUAUGCUAAGGAACAGCCUUGCAAUAAUAAUAAUAAUAAUAAUAAUAAUAAUAUGACGUAAUUGUACAAUUUCCUUACCGCCUGCUUCAGCAUACUGUGCAUGUCUUCUUCUCUCUAUCCUCGAGUAUGACCCCAUUUGCAUUCCCACGCUGCACCUGUCAUACCUUCUUAGGUAACCAUACGUGACUGGUGAACUGUAUCAUUUUCUAAUCGCCGCGCGUAUUUUAUUUUCCGUAUCUUCUCGCAUAGAAUGUGAUUCCUUUUUUCAUAGCGGAGUGUUCUUCUGCAUCUAAAUGCGUUGGCUGGGCAAAGGAAUGAUAGCAUUGUGUACAUUUCAAGUAUGUGUGGUGAUUCUUUUGGCAAGAGGUG